AUGAGUGAGGCUACAAACUUUGUUCUUGAGAUGUGUGCUCAGAAAUUGAUGUCGAGUGAAGGAGAACUAAUGCGAGGGACCAUCGACAAGGAUACCAGUGGCAAUGGCACGAUUGAAGGAAGUGGUCAAGUGGUCGCUGGCAUGGUGGUGACUGAAGAGGGCAUUGGUGAGGUAGGGACCCAGGUCACCAAAGGCAAGGCGCCGAGGAAGGGCGAGCCCACUGAUCAUAGAGGAGGGUCGACGCCAGUUAGGCUAGGAUGGAUGAGGGUGGCUACGCCAGAGGUGAGUCUGACUAGGGUUAGGGUUUUCCUUGCGAAGCAAAAUCAGAGAAGCUCUCACUCUGUAACCAACAGUUCGCAUACAAGCAUCCAAAUCUCUCGUCUAUCGUAUCACACGAUGGAAGAGGAAGAGCACCGUUGUUUUAUUGGGAACCUUUCAUGGUCAACAACUGACAGAGGUUUGAAACAAGCAUUUGAAAAGUUUGGCCAUGUUCUUGAUGCUAAGGUUGUCAUUGACAAGUCUUCCGGACGUUCUCGUGGAUUUGGGUUUGUCUCCUUUGAGAGUGAGAAAGAAAUGGAAGAUGCUAUUGAGGAAAUGAAUGGAAUGGACUUAGAUGGGCGGGCUAUUACUGUAGACAGAUCUCAGCCAAACCAGGGCUCUGGUAGAGACCGGGAUGGUGGCCGUGAUCGUGAUCGUGACCGUGACCGUGGUCGUGAUCGUGAUCGUGAUUAUGGAACUGGACGAGGAUCUGGCGGGGACUGCUUCAAGUGUGGCAAGCCUGGGCAUUUUGCCAGGGAAUGUCCAUCUGGAGAAGGGUCAAGAGGAAGUAGAUAUGGUGGGAGGGAUGACAAAUACGGAGGUGGCAGUCGGUACGGACCUGAUCGAAAUGGGGAUCGCUCUGGUGGGCGCAACAGGGAUGGUGGUAGUCGUGGAGGACCUGGAAAUGACAGAUACAAUCGUGAUCGUUCAGGUCCAUAUGAGCGCCGUGGGCCUGGAGGUUACCGUUCUUGA